AUGAAAGCUAGGCCGCUCUCCCGCCCCCGACCUGGACCCUCCUGCACUGCAGACCCCCCCGCAACGGGGGCCCCGGACCCCAGGACUCAGGAGCGGCCAUCUUCCAAGGGUGGCCAGGCUGAUGGGGCCAGCGAGGAUUCUCCGCACCUUGACAUUCAGAAGCUGAAGGAGAAGAGGGACGUGCUGGACAAGGAGAUCUCCCAGUUAAUAUCUGAAGGCUACAGUGUGGAUGAGCUGGAGGACCACAUUGCCCAGCUCCACGAGUAUAACGACAUCAAAGACGUGGGCCAGAUGCUGCUGGGCAAACUAGCCGUGAUCCGAGGUGUCGCCACCAAAGAGUUGUAUCCAGAAUUUGGCCUGGACAUGAGUGACUGAGCGGAGGCUCCCAGCGCCUUGUCCACGGCCACUGGGACGGGCGAUGUGGCCACGAGAAGUGUGAGAGCCCAAGCAGCGCACCUCCAGGCUUUCCAGCAAGCACGUGUCAGCAGCCCUUUUCUCGUGAGCCCGCCCGAGGCAGGAGGGAGCCCGGGGAAGCAGAAGGUGUGUUUCCAGCUCCAGGACUCCCGAGUGGCCCAGUGACACCUGUGCAUGUAUGUACGUUGUCCUCUUUGUAAAUAAACAUGUAGAUAAUCUUGA